UGUGGCUGAUCUCAGAUAUGGAGAGGGAGGGAAGAACUCAAGGUUAAUCAUUUCUCAGUGCUGUUAUCACAGUUAUGUCUGGGAAAUGUUUGGGGAGUAUUCUCUUUGUAUGCGCUGGAUACGUUGCCUGAAUGCUGGGUUGCUGACACGUGAACAUGGACGAACAAAAGGAUGAUCAGACUGACCAAGAUGACAGCACUAACAACUCUGAAAAGAAGCAGUCACUCACGGCCUGCCUGUUGUGUGCUGCCUUCUUUGGCUCCCUGGGCUCAUCUUUCCUUUAUGGCUACAACCUCUCUGUGGUCAACGCUCCUGCUCUGUACAUUAAAGCUUUCUACAAUAAGACAUGGAUUGAGAGAUAUGGGGAGCCUAUUUCAGCGGAGACGGUGACCCUCCUCUGGUCCAUCACAGUGUCCAUAUUUUCUAUUGGAGGCCUUUUUGGAGCCCUGUCUGCCACGUUAAUCAUCAAAGUCCUGGGCAGAAAGGGGACCUUGCUGCUGAAUAACAGCUUUGCUGUAAUAGCUGCUGUGCUUCUGUCUCUGGGUGAAAUGUCAAGAUCUUUUGAGAUGCUCAUCAUUGGACGACUCAUUAUGGGGGUAGACUCUGGUAUUGCUCUCAGUGCUCUCCCCAUGUACCUGGGAGAAAUUUCCCCAAAACACUUCAGAGGUAUGAUUGGCCAGUUCAACUCCAUUCUAAUCUGCUUAGGAGUGUUCACUGGGCAAGUACUGGGGCUGCCUGAGCUGCUGGGUCAGGAGUCCACCUGGAUUUACCUGUUUUCCUUCCUUGCGUUGCCCGCAAUGCUGCAGCUGUGUGUGCUGCCCUUCCUCCCUGAGAGUCCUCGCUACCUGCUGAUGGAGAGGAGGGAUGAGGCUGGAGCGGAAAAAGCCUUUCAGAGGUUUUUGGGAAAGAAGGAUGUGUCCCAGGAGCUGGAAGAGGUCCACAUGGAGUCUCGAGCUCAGGACAAACUACACACCGUCUCUGUCUUACAGCUGCUGAAGAGCCCAGCUGUUCGCUGGCAGCUCAUAACUGUCAUCAUCACCAUGGCCUGCUAUCAGCUCUGUGGCCUCAAUGCAAUCUGGUAUUAUACCAAUGGGAUUCUUCGUGAAGCAGGCUUUACUGAGAGCAUACUUCCCUACAUCACACUGAGCACAGGUGCCAUAGAGACUCUGGCUGCCAUCAUCUCAGGCUUGGUGAUAGAACGAAUUGGCAGGAAGCCCCUUCUCAUAUUUGGUUUCUUUUCCAUGGCCGUGUUCUUCAGCCUACUCACAGUUUUUCUUAAUUUCCAGGAUAGAGUGUCAUGGAUGCCCUACCUCAGUUACGUCUGCAUACUCGCUGUGAUUGCCUCCUUUUGCUCUGGACCAGGUGGCAUCCCCUUUAUCCUGACCGGGGAACUGUUUGAACAGUCUUAUCGACCUGCUGCCUUCAUGAUCGCUGGCACAGUAAACUGGCUAUCUAACUUUACUGUGGGCCUCCUUUUUCCAUUUAUUCAAGAGACGCUGCAGUCCUUUUCCUUUCUUGUGUUUGUGGCAGUCUGCAUUCUGGGAUCCAUAUACCUCUAUGUUGUCCUCCCGGAAACCAAAAAUAAAACCUUUAUGGACAUCAGCCAGAGCUUUGCCAAGAUUAAUAAAAUGCCCAUUCCCUCGCCUGGUCAGGAAAUGGAGCUGGUUCUGUCCAUUAACUCUGACACGAAUGGAAAAGCCCAAGAUGCCACUAAGAUGCAAACUUCCUUGUAAAUGAAGGAAUGAAGCACAGUCAUAAUCGAGAAGCAGGGUCAAAUGUGUGAAAAUAUUUCUUGUUUUUACAUAUUUACUGAGCAUCAACAAUUAAGUAAAGUCAAUGCUUUUUUUCAAUGUCUUUUUAUAUGACUGCAAUUUUUUUUAGAUAUAUUAAAGCAAUGAAGCAAGUA